AUGAUAAAUGCUAUCUUUGUCUAGAUUCAAGAGAACUAAUUUGUGGAGAUGGGUAAUUAGCAAUCUUAUCAAACGAAAUAUUCGAUGAUUAUGAAGAUCCAUAUUGUGCUAACUGUAAGUAUGAUUGUGAUUUUGGCUGUACUACUUGUAAAAAAAUUCUAAAAUUGUGAGCUUUGUUAAUUUCCUUAAAUAAAGGUAAAUGGAAAAUCUGUUCCAGUUUGUGAAGAUAGCAUUAUGACUCCCCUUUUUGAAUGA